AACGACGAUGACAGACUAUACAAAAAUCCAUCCAGAGAGCAUCACAGAGAAGAAUUUAAUUGAAGUCACCUCAGAGAGCCUCAACAGUUUCGUUUCUGACGUCUCAGAUGACUUUUUCAGUCCAGUCAAAGAUUUAAUCAAACCAGAGCCAGCCGCAAGCAAGAAGGGUCAAUUCGGUCCAAAUGGCGCACUGUACGAUGGAUGGGAGAGUAGAAGGCACAAUCCAACAUACGAUUGGGCUAUAAUCCAAUUGGGUGCUCCAUCAGCCAAAAUAAAAAUUAUAGACAUAGACACGACGCAUUUCAACGGGAAUGAAGCACCAUACGCAUCUGUAUACGCUACUUUCGCUCCAAAUGAGGAUGUAAAACAAAAUGACGCUCGCUGGUUCGAACUCCUACCAGUCGUUCCACUCGGCCCGAGCCAGCAGCACGCAUUUGAAUUCGAAUGGACAGAACCAAUCACGCAUUUGCAACUACGCAUGAUUCCAGAUGGUGGAAUAGCCCGUUUCAGAGCAUAUGGAGAACCAACCGCUGUGUGGCCAUCGGAUCUCACCGCAACCUGCGAUCUUGCAUCUGUAUUUGUUGGUGGACGCGUUACUUUCACAUCAGAUCAACAUUUCGGCAAAGGUGCUAACCUGAUUUUACCAGGACGUGGCCACAAUAUGGGUGACGGAUGGGAGACCAAGCGGAGUCGACAAGCUGGACAUAAAGACUACGUGAUUGUUCAGCUCGGUGCAGCAGGAUAUAUACAAUAUGCCGAGAUAGACACUUGUCAUUUCAAGGGCAAUUUCCCAGCAAGAGUCGCCGUAGAGGGCAUCUACGCGCCUGAGGGUCCCCCAACUGAGUAUGACACACAAGGUUGGACUCAGCUUCUACCAUCUCAAGUCUCUGUGGGACCGCAUGCCCAGCACUAUUUCCAGACAAGCCAGGCGGAGUUACUCGUUACACACGUUAGGAUUACUAUCUUCCCCGAUGGAGGCUUGAAAAGGGUGAGACUAGUCGGUAGUCGCGCAUUACCAGCUUCGGUGGAUGCAAAGAGUAGCAACUCUAGUGGCACUAAAAAUGCCGUUGUCGAUACGCCCACGAAAGCGCUCCCUAUUUUGCCGCUCACUAGCAGCGCGUUCGUCGAAUAUGGCCAUGUUGUGCAAUCUUACCAAGACAAGAGCUCAACACCACCAACUAUCCAAACAAAGCGAGUGAACAAUGGUACAGCCACUAAGUUUUGCAAUCUGUCGCCCCUCACAAACAGCUAUCCAGAAGGUACGCCAGCAAAUAUGAAUUUCUGCGUUUACAAGUGCGAUCCGGUGGACACAUCCGUUGGUUUCACUGUUGAGAUGCUCGAAAGACACAAAUAUACGACACAAUCGUUUAUUCCGAUGGGUGAUGGUGGAAGCCGCUAUGUCGUGAUCGUUGCGCAAAAUGGCAGUGAUGAUAAACCCAAUAUGGAAACAUUGAGGGCCUUCACAGCUACCAGUAACCAAGGGAUCACUUAUAAACCAGGUGUAUGGCAUCAUCCAAUGAUCGCGCUCGAGAAGGCGACUGAUUUUGGAUGUCUUGUUUAUGAAUCUGGCGAGAAUAUCGACUGUGAGGAGGUCAAAUUGGAUAAUUUACAUUAUAAGAUCAUUUUGUAGAUGAAUAAAUAUAUUUCUUCG